AAUACGUACAGAUAUAUACAUACAGACAAGAUCGUUUGGUAACAAAACGAUAGGUGGAAGUGGACAUAGUAUACAGUGCGAUGUUAUUCGUCUCUGUUUAUUAUUGCUGAGAUGAUCACAAAUAUACAUACAGGCAUGUAAACACUAAUGAUGUACUUAUAGCAGUCAAUUAUUUUAAGUGUUUGUUCAUUUAUAUUCUAAGUAGUUAACUUUUUGUUUACAUUUUGCACAAAUAAAAGUUUGGCAGGGAUGUGCUUCUAAUAACCUGUCGUUUUUCGCGGAAGAGCAAUACAUAUUCGCAUUCGAAAUGGGAAACAUUUAAAUUGUAGAUUGGUUUAUUCAGAAGCCUAUCAUUCUAACAAAGCAGACUUAAAAACUAUUUUUCAUGAAAUCAUGUGAACAAAUGAAUGCAAAUACAGUGGAGAAUUUUAUAUAUUUUGAGACGUUAGUAUAAAAGAAUGGAAAACGAAAAUCACCUCUAUAUGGGGAAUCAAUGAAAAAUUCAGAUUACUAACCAUAUAACUAUCUGCUCUCAUACUGAGAACUUCUAUUCUGGAAUGUGCAAUCAAUGGAAAUCACUUGGAAUAAUAAUACUAACAGUAACACCGUUACAACUAAUUCAUCAGUACCAAACAUUACUGAGACUGUUUUCACUAAUAACAACACUGUUGGUCCUAAUGACACUCCAAAUGUCAUUCCUAACAGUGAUAGUAACAUUUUAAUGAAUGAUCGAGUCUCAGGAAAUGAUGUUAAGGUUACAGAAAAUGGUGAGGGUGGUAAUGGUUUGCGUAAACCACGUCGUAAAACAUCACAUGCUCAUUUAUUAAAGUCGAAAACAUUCUACAAAACCGUAGACAGAUUUCUAGGUCGAAAUCUACCCUUGAAACAAGUAACAAAUGCUUACAAAAGUCAUUUAGCAUCAAAUAAUCAACUUCCUAGUGUUGACCACAUCUCAGUACGUAGCCGUGAUUCAAUAACAGACAUCCUAGAAAAGUCUGUUUACAUACCAGCAUUUCUUAGAGCUCGCAAACAUCAUUGUCGCGUAGUACUGAAUGUUGGUGGUGAACGACAUGAAGUAAUGUGGAAGACUCUAAGGCGUCUACCGUUAUCUCGUCUUGGCCGGUUGAGUAUAUCAAAUAAUCCUGCAGAACUAGCUCAGUUGUUUGAUAGUUAUUCGAGUGAGAAAAAUGAAUUAUAUUUUGAUAGAUAUGCACGUUCAUUUGGUUCAAUCCUUGGUGUUUAUCGUACAGGACAUUUACAUUUUUUGGAAGACAUUUGUGUGGUGGCUUUUAAAAAUGAUUUAUUCUACUGGGGUAUAAAUGAAUACCAAUUAGAAACGUGUUGUUAUUAUAAAUAUUAUUUAAAAAAGGAACAGGUUCAAGAAGAAUUAAAGAAAACUAGAGAAAUAAAUCUAUCUCAGGCUCAAGAAGAACAAUUUGGCACAGGAAGGUGGGCUACAUUGCAAAAGUAUGUAUGGGACUUGGUUGAAAAACCUCAGACUUCAAUGGCUGCUAGAAUAUUUGCUGUAAUUUCAAUAGCUUUCAUCAUAUUAUCAAUAAUUGGAUUGAAUUUAAGUACAAUACCUGAACUACGUGGAAAUUCGUCUGGAAUUAAUCAUGAUAAUCAUACCACAAGUAAUGCAGAUUAUGUAAACGAACAUUUAGAAACGUUAGAAUCAAUUUGUACGAUAUGGUUUACAGUUGAAUAUGCAUUACGCUUAUCAGUUGCGCCAAAUAAAUGUACAUUUAUUAAAAGUCCAAUGAAUCUUAUCGAUGUUAUUGCUAUACUACCUUAUUAUUUUUCUGUGAUUUUUGGAGUAUGGCUUCAUUCCCCAUUAGAUUCACUUGUAUCUAUGCGUAAAAUUGUACAAAUGUUUCGUAUUCUGCGUAUAUUACGUGUUUUUAAAUUAGCACGUCAUUCACAAGGUCUACAAGCACUUGGUUAUACAUUAAAGCAAUCUUAUAAGGAAUUAGGUUUAUUAAUGCUAUUUGUUGUACUUGUUGUUCUAUUAUUUUCAAGCUUAGCUUAUUUCGCUGAAAAAGACGAUAAUAAGAAUGAAUUUCAAAGCAUACCGGCUACAUUUUGGUGGGCUAUCAUCACGAUGACAACAGUUGGUUAUGGUGAUAUCACACCAAAAACAGUAUUAGGCAAAGUCAUCGGUUCAGUAUGCUGUAUAUGCGGUGUGCUUGUUGUCGGUCUACCAAUCCCAAUUAUUGUUAAUAAUUUCGCUGCAUUUUAUCAUGAUCAAAUGAGACGUGAAAAAGUUUUAAAACGACAAGAAGCUCAUAAUGAAGGUUGCCAGUUGGGAGAUACGAAUUUUCUGAAAAAGUCAAAUAUAAGUCAGAAAGCGUUAUACAAUAAAAGAAGUUUCAAUGUUAUUAGAGAUCGUUAUUCAUUAGGUUCAAUAAAAUCAGAAAAUGCCAUUGAGCGUGAUUAUCACAGUAAUUAUAACAGUUGUUGUAAUAAAUUGACAAGUGAGAAGGAAAGGAACUUUAUAAACAAAGAAAUAGGAAUCAUUAAUCCUAGCGACAAUUUGAUUAAAUAUAAACAAGUUAGUCUGAGUGUGAAUGAUGUCGAUAGUAUGGCUUGUGGUGAAUAUUAUUCAUGACAUUUAUAUUUCCACAAAUAUAAAUCGGUAGUAUGUUUGAAAAUGGGACUAUAUCAUACGAAUAAGAUCAGCUUGAUCUUUUUUCCUCCAUCUCUUUGUCUAUCUCUUAAACGGUUUUUUUAUUCAUUUUUCCUUGAUCAUUAUUUGCACUUCAGUCAACUCAUGUUAUCGACUAUUCACACCAAAAGAUAAAUACUGAAUUUUUUUCCCUUAUGUUCUUACCAUUUUUCCUACAACUAUUUGCACGAAUUAUCAGAAUUUUCGGAGUCUGAUGAAACAGAUUGUUUAUAAGUAUAAACGACAUCAUUUAUUUCAUUAAAUAUAAUUCUUUUAAAUAGAAAUAAAGAGAAUUCAACGAAAAAA